CCGUUUUAUGGAGAAUCUGUUUUUAGCAAAGUAUGACAACUCUGUGAAUCAGCUGUCAAAGUCAUUCAUUUUUUGUUUGUGGAAAAUCUUAGUCAAAAUGCAACCACAGAUCUUAGUAUUGAAGGAGGGGACGGACCAGUCCCAGGGGAAGCCCCAGCUCAUCUCAAACAUCAACGCUUGCCAGUUGGUCGUAGAUGCUGUUCGUACAACCCUCGGCCCUCGUGGCAUGGACAAGCUGAUCGUGGACCACAACGGUAAAGCUGUGAUCUCCAACGAUGGAGCCACCAUCAUGAAGCUCUUGGACAUCGUCCACCCAGCUGCCAAGACCUUGGUGGACAUUGCUAAGUCACAAGAUGCUGAGGUGGGUGAUGGAACAACAUCUGUGGUGAUCCUGGCUGGUGAACUCCUCAAAAGACUAAAGCCUUUCGUCGAAGAAGGAGUGCAUCCCCGUAUCAUCGUCCGUUCUGUCCGUGUAGCUGCGAAGUUGGCUGUGGACAGAGUCAAGGAGCUAGCCGUUAAGAUCGACAAUAAGUCAGUCGAAGAACAGAGGGAACUGCUGACAAAGUGUGCCGCUACAGCGAUGUCUUCGAAGCUGAUCCAUCAACAGAAGGGACACUUCUCCAAGAUGGUGGUGGACGCUGUACUGUCUCUGGACGCUCCACUCUUGCCUCUGGACAUGAUCGGUAUCAAGAAAGUGUCGGGUGGUGCUCUAGAAGAUUCCUUCCUAGUCUCCGGUGUGGCCUUCAAGAAGACAUUCUCGUACGCUGGAUUUGAGAUGCAACCAAAGACUUACAAUAACUGCAAGAUUGCUCUACUCAACAUUACUCUUGAACUGCAAGCGGAGAGGGAUAAUGCUGAGGUGCGAGUGGACAAUGUGACUGAGUACCAGAAAGUGGUGGACGCGGAAUGGCAGAUCCUGUACGAGAAGCUCGCCGCCCUGCACGCCAGCGGGGCCAACGUCGUGCUCAGCAAACUGCCCAUCGGAGACGUUGCCACACAGUACUUCGCUGACCGCGACAUGUUCUGCGCGGGCCGUGUCCCCGACGAGGACCUGAAGCGCACGCAGCGCGCGUGCGGCGGCGCCGUGCUGUCCUCCGUGCGGGACCUCGCCCCCGAGGCAUUAGGGGCCUGCGCACACUUCACUGAGAAGCAGGUCGGCGGGGAGCGGUACAACAUCUUCACUGGUUGUCCGGCAGCGAAGACCUGCACGAUCGUGCUCCGCGGCGGCGCUGAGCAGUUCUUGGAGGAGACUGAGCGCUCCCUGCAUGACGCCAUCAUGAUCGUCAGACGUACCAUCAAGAAUGAUGCUGUGGUUGCCGGUGGUGGUGCCAUCGAUAUGGAGAUUUCGAAACAUCUCCGCGAGUACGCCAAGGGUGUCGCGGGCAAGGAACAGCUCCUAGUAGCUGCUGUAGCGCGCGCAUUCGAAGCCAUACCCAGACAACUCUGUGACAACGCCGGUUUUGACGCAACUAACUUAUUAAACAAGCUCAGGAAUAAACAUCACAAUGGCGAUAUCUGGUACGGUAUUGAUAUUCAGAAGGAGGAUAUCGGAGAUAACUACGCGUCUUGUGUGUGGGAGCCCGCCAUUGUUAAGAUAAACGCUAUCACUGCCGCCUGUGAGGCUGCCGCCCAGAUCCUGUCAGUCGACGAGACUAUAAAGAACGUGAAAGGACAAGACAUGCCGACGGCGGGGGCUCCUGGACGCGGCAUGGGGCGCCCGCGCAUGGGCUGAUGACGUCAUCGUUUUAAACACACGCUUUACCACUAUUUCUUGACCGCCUUAGUUCGAAAGGAGAAAGAAAUUACAAGUUGAAUGAACCUAUCUUGCUAACUAAAAGACUGCCUUAUAUAGGCCUUAAUGAUUAAUGGUCAGGACCGACAAGUAUCCAGAAACGUCUCCGACUAUAAAGACCAUCUCUCCAAUUUAUAAAGAAUUAUAUAAUACUAGUUACUUUCCCCGCUGGUCGACUCCUGUGAUGUUUUAUAGCCUAUAGGACUCAGGAAUAUUGUAGCUGUCUACUAGUGAAAGAAUUUUGGCAAUCCAACCAGUGGUUCCAAAGAUUACCCCCUACAUACAAACUUACAAAUUUUACCUCUUUACAAUGCAUUUGUUUGAAUGAAGCUAGAACUGCGGGCGGUCUCUUCACGCUUAGUACUAAGUUAUUAUAGUAUUAACUAAUAAAUAUUAUUAAUUAUAAUAACUAAUAACCAAG